CUUCAGAUAAAGGUGAUGUACUAUGACAUUCCCACGUACCAGCUGGUCGUAACGAUUGUAGGUGCCAUCAGUCUGAGGCCGAGAGAGAAUAAUAUAUUACGCAAUCCCUACUGCAAGCUCUACCUUCUGCCAGAUAGGAGCGAGAAGACAAAAAGGCGUACGAAGACCGUGGCGGGAACCCUGAACCCCAGAUGGUGCCAGUCAUUCGCUUACACGCCCGUUAAGAGGCGAGACCUGCAGUCUCAGUCGCUGCAGAUCACAGUCUACGAUUACGACAGGAUUGGCAGUGGGGAGUACGUCGGCGAGGUU